UUAGGUGAGGGUAGGGCAAAAUAAUAAGGCAGAGUCAUUUUCUUCAGUUAGCGAGGGAAAGAGAAGCAAGCCUACAAACCUAGUGGUGACACAGCUUGUCAUUCUAGUUAGAGGUGGGGGGACGCUGAGCAAAGGUGAGAAGGAAAUGGAAGUGUAAAAAAGCAGGUGCAGGCCGGAAGUGAGAAUAUAGUUCAAAACUGCAAUCUGGAGGGAAGUCGUCCUUUUUCAAGCACAAGAUACAAAAACUUCACUUAAGAACUGGAUAUUUGGCAACCACAGAAAAGGUAGGAGAGGCAAAAGAGGAACAAUGAGGACACACAAGGAAGCUAAAUUCUUUCUACUAAGUGCAGUUGUGGCUGUUGUUCAUGGCCUCACAGUGGAAACACCUCAGCCCAAAGUGGAGGCGGAAAGAGGGAAAAAUGCCACUCUGAACUGCAUCUUCCGUGCCACUACUGCGAGUCCACAAGCUGGAGAUUUUGUUUCCUGGCAAAGAGUACAUGACACGGAAGAAUUUGCUUCCAAGCAACUUGUUGGUGACUCAGAAUAUAAAGGAAACAAUUACAAAAACCGUUUGACAUUCUCUGGAAAUGUAAACAAUGGCAAUGUCAGCAUCACUCUUACUCAGUUGACCACAAAUGAUAAUGGAUCCUAUCAAUGCGCUGUACGUCUUGCUGGGGAACUCCCUGAGAAAUCUGUUGAGAUAAAACUUGUGGUUCUUGUGAGGCCAUCCAGGCCUGUGUGCACUAUAGUUGGGACAGCAGAAUAUGGACAAAAUAUUAACCUGACCUGCAAUUCUGUGGAAGGAUUUCCUCAGCCUCAAUAUUCCUGGCAAAGUUUCGAUGCACAAAAUCAGUCUCGGCCACUUGGAGGAACACAAUUUCCAGGAGGAACACUUAUGCUGAAGAACAUUUCUGUAGACACCAUUGGAUACUACACCUGCGUCUCCAAAAACUCAAUUGGACAAGAAAGCUGCAACAUCAAUCUUGCUGUGGUGCCCCCAUCAAUGAAUUUUGCCCUCAUUGGUGGAGUUAUUGGUGGACUUGUUGCUGUAGUCAUUAUCGUCAUCAUUGUGGCUUAUUGUUGUUGCUGUAAGAAAUCAAAGGAUAAAGACUAUGAACUAACAGAGACAGAAAAUCGCUACCAGCCACCAAAUGUGCCUGCUAUAAUCCGAGGACCAUCUGAAGAAGAGAUUCAGAAGGAAGAGGAGGGGGAGAAUGAGAACCACACUUUACAAAUGCCACCAGCCCGCAGACCAUCUGUAGAGUCUUCUGAAGCCGUGGCCUAGAAACAAGCAUUUCCAGCAGGGAGAAAGAAAAAAAAUGGCACACAUGGAUUAUUCCUCCCUCACUUCUCUGGUGUGCCUUUCCAGGACAUUAUGCAUAGAAGAUUGUGCAAUGGGGUGGGGGUGGGAAUCUGGUGGCAUAAUGGAAUACAUUAAAACACAUGAAGAACAGUCAAGUUGAAAGGCUAACCAGGUUAUAAGUUUCUUUCUCAAUUUUGCCCAAGAAAAGGGAGGGUAAGAAAAUGACAUUAUAAACAUUUUCACCAUUGCCACAUAAUAGAAAGCAAUUAUGUGUGUCUUGUGAUUGUAAAUUGUUGAGAAUUGACACCAUCCCACCUGCAACAGGGGUGAAGAUUUUUUUAAAAAACACAGGGGAUUCAUUGGCCUCAGGCAGGCAUAUCAGGAUGGUAGAUCAGCAGAGGGCAUGGUUAUUGUGGAGUAAUUGGGCCCACUCCACAAUUGGCAAGUAGCCCUCAUGCUUGCUCGAUAACAUAAACACCAACAGACAAUCACAGACAUGGAAAAGCUAUAGACUUGUGGUUCUCAACCUGUAGGUUCCCAGGUGUUUUGGCCUUCAACUCCCAAAAAUCCCAGCAAGUGUACAAGCUGUUAGGAUUUCUGGGAGUUGAAGGUCAAAACAUUUGGUGACCCACAGGUUGAGAAUCACUGCUCUAGUGUGUUCCAAGGCUUAGCAGAACUGCUGCCUUGUGGUUUGUUGUUGUUUAUUCAAUCAGCUACUUCCGACUCUUCGUGACCUCAUGGACCAGCCCAUGCCAGAGCUCCCUGUCAGCUGUGGCCACCCCCAUUUCCUUCAAGGUCAAGCCAGUCACUUCAAGGAUACCAUCCAUCCAUCCUGUCCUUGAUCAGCCCCUUUCCCUUCCAUUUUCCCCAGCAUCAUUGUUUUCUCCAAGCUUUUCUGUCUUCUCAUUAUGUGGCCAAAGUACUUCAUCUUUGUAUUGUUGAAGGCUUUCAUGGCUGGAGUCACUGGGUUGUUGUACAUUUUUUGGGCUAUAUGGCCAUG